AUGAAAGUAGUUCAAACUAAAGGAAUAUGUCAAGAUAUAGAGAUACAAGAGAAGUUUCAAUUGAAUUUGGAAGACCUAAUACCCAUCAAUAAUCUGAAGAGUCUUUAUGAGUUUAUUUAUAUCAAUGCUAGAAACCUUGCGGCAACUAUUCUGAUUAACAUACAU